AUGUGGACCACGAAAUGUCUGUCACCGCAAACUGAAGAGGAGAAUUUUGACCCAUUUCCGCCUUUCGCAAAGCGAUCAAAGGAAGUCAGUCGCCACCGUGAGGAGAGAGGACCUGUGCAACCUCAAUAUGAGCCUUACUGGGGACCAGAUGUGCCAGUGCCAUGUAAGGAGUCCUUCAGAUAUGAACCCUUUCUUGAUCCAGGCCUGUUUUCCACUUCACACGCUGGGAUGGUGAGCGGACAUAACGGACUGAACGUAGGCCUAACCCAUGAGAAGCUGCCGCACCCGUCAAAGCUGAUGGGUAAAAAGAAGAGAGAUCAAGGUCUGCUGCAACCGACUGCAAACGUUCUCAAACAUAUUGGAGAACUCAGGAUGAGACAGCGUCAUAUAAAUGCGUUGAAGGGGGACAGAUGGAGGGGUGCCACUACUGUGUCCAGCCCAGAGGAGAGCCGAAGUCCAACCGAGGCCGGGAGCGAGCAGCUUCUUGGUCUGACUGCUGAGAUUAGCUUCAGUACGAAGCUAUUGGACAAUCCUGAUCUGACCAUGACAAAGCCUUAUGAAGCUGCUUCCUCUCUGACUCAUCAGCAAUACUUAUUGAGAGGAUAUGAGCAGUUUCUUGACCUUGCUCCAGGAGGGAACCCCAUGAUGGCGUUUGUUGCAGGAACGAGCCAUAGAUCGCUCCUGACGGCUGAUGACGCCAUGGUGAAUCCUACGGGAUCGGAUGAGUUCCUCAGGAGAAUUGAGGAUGAGAUGAAGCUUAUUCAAAACCUUCAGUUCUUCUAA